CAGCUGAGUUCCUCCUUUCCAUUCUAUCCCCUUCUCCUGCUAGAGAGAGGAAGGACAUGAACUCACUCAUCCUCACCCUCUCUCUAUCAAAAAAAUCUUUCUAUAUGAUUGUGUAAUCUGUUAAUUCCUUGUUAUAUUCGCAUACUAUAUAAGAAGAAGGAAUCUGAAUUGAUAUAUAUAUAUAUAGAGUAGUGUAUCUAUAGAUUGAGCUUGAGACCAGGCGGUGGCGCUCGCGGCAGAAGCAGAGUAUUUGAAUCCGCGGCGGCGAAUUUUGAUCUCCCGCCUGCUGCGUCCCCAUGGUGGCAACGCUGCGCCUUCUUUCAAGAUUUCUUGAGCAGGAAUCCUGAUGGAUAUCCCAGCAGAUCAGACUCUCAUUGAUGUUAUCAUUGAGAAGUUAACUGAAUUACGCAUACAAAGUACGCAAUUACGAUCAGAUAUCUCACACAUAAAACAGCAACUCUUUUUGGCUGAAGAGAAGUUGUCACACACAGACGACUUGUUCGUCAAAUUGCACACACUUAUAAUAAAUAAUACAGAAAUCGUGGAUCUCUCUGAUGUGAGUGAACGCGAAGAAUCCGAGGAGGUUGAAACCUCUCUUACGAAAAAUACGCAAUCUACGCAAUCUUUGGAGGAUAAAACCCCAAAAGUGGAGGAUAAAACCCCCAAGAAAGUCAGAUUUGAGGAGGAUCAAACCCCUCAAGAAAAUACAAAAGAUACGCAAGAUACACAAGGACCCAAAAUAGAUCUGAGACCAGGAUCUAACCAACCUACUCAUACUAAAAAAAUAUCUACCUCUGAAAUGUUCGAGCCAGAACUACCAGAAAAACCAGAAAAAAUCCUACUCAAAGAAAGUUACUUCAAAGCCAAAGCCUUCAUGGAACAACUACCACAAAACCCUACUUUCAAAACCACAAACCAAAGAGGAAUACACCCAAAAAUGACUACCUUUGUUGGUUGUGACCCAAACUUCAUAUCUACCUAUCUUUACUUUGGAUACAUCCGAGAAAUUUACCUCAGCGUUACAAAAUUUGAACUUACCUUUUGGCCAGAACUACAAAAAUUACUUGCCCCAUACAUAAGUAAACUACAGGUUUGGACUAUUGGACCAGACUUUGGAAAUCCACCUUUCCAUUUAUUUUGUGCUACUACAGACAAAGCCCAUACAGCACCACCAGAACAGCCCAAUACUCAGCCCAAAUAUGACAAUCCAAAUGACCAGUAUGUUUACUUCAGAAGAGCAAUUGGACUAAGAGCUGUACAUGAACAAUUAAAAAGAAUGCAGAACCAAGGAUACGGAGUACUCAGUGAUGGACCUAAUUACAUGCUAUGUCAAAAGGCUACAGAUACGAAAUUCAAAUCCAUAAAGAUUGGUGAAAUGAUAGUCCGAAUGAACAAUAAAAAUUUCCCAAAUGAUUCAAGGACAAUUGAACUCUGGAAAUCAGCAGAAGAAAAACAGAAACAAAAAAUCAUUCAGCAAGGAAUACAAGCCAGAAUGAUGUAAGCAGUGACGACAGACAAGACGUAAGCCAUGACGCAACAACAGACAAAGACAGAAGACUCAGUCUAAGCCAUAUAUUCAAUUGGCGGUUCAGACGCCAAAGUAUCUUUUAGUCUAUAAAUAGAGAAGCAUAUUGUAAUAGCAAGGCAGAAUUGAUCAACCUUAGAUCAUUUCCUUGUUUAAGAAUACUAUGAGUGAGUGAGUGAGAAAUCUUUUGGGUUCAUAGCUAGAACCUCUGUAUUUCUAUCCUUAUAUGUGAAUACAAUUACUCUUACAUAUUAUCUUAGCCUUGAGCAAACCUUUGCCAAUUCCAAACUUUAUAUCCACACAGUGAUAGCCUAGAGUUGCUCUUUGGAACAGAUCCGUUAGGCAGGUGGCCGCUAGGAAGAGUUCGUAAGCAAUUGGCUGAAGGUGACCAGGAUUAAAGCACGGAAAAGGUAACAAGUUUAAUCAGAGUUUUGAUUUUAUGGAAGCGUGCUGGGCGCAUUUAGGAAAAGAUUUAUACGUUCGAUGCUAAAAAACCCAUAUCUCAUAAACUGAUAAUCUCUUUAAAUCUCUAAUAUUUUCAUCAUUCUUAUCACCUUCUUCGAUAAUUAUAAAAUUAUAUGUCAACUUCUAAAACUUAUACUAGAGGUCCCUAUAGAACUAAGAUAAAUAAUCCUAAUAGUGAAGAUUUUAGAAAUAUUGAAGAAAUCCAUAAAUAUCUAGUAGAAUUUAGAGAUAAUUUUAAGAAUAAAUUUAAUAAAAGUCAUUAUAAAUCAAAAGUAUUAGAAAACAUACAAGGAUUAUUAGAUUGUAUUAACAAAGCUAUCAAAAAGAAAAACGACAAAAAGAAAGAAACAGAACCAUUAGUACAAAGAUUAAAAGCCUUAGAAUCUGAAAACGAAUUACUCAAAGAACGAAUAACUAUUUUAGAAGAACAAAAUUUCAAUUCACCAUUAGAACCCAAUUUUAGUUUAGAAUAUUUAGAUUAUUUUUAAAGUAAAAGAUCUUCUCUACUUUGAUUAAUUCCGCAGUUAAAAGUAGACACCCCAAAUUGGAAAAUAUUCAAAAACAAAUUU